AUGAGAAGACAAGAAGGUUUCAUGCAUAACCCAACAAGUCAAGCUACGGCAGCUAUUUCUCCUUGGCAGCUUCCUUUUGGCACCAAACUGUAAUAUCCAACCAGAGAAUCCAUGCUGCGAGCUGGUACAGCACCUCUCCAAGAAGAUAAUAAUUUUGGCAGAAAAUCCAAACAAACCCCAGAAACUUCCACUAAAUUGUUUUCAUACACAAAACAGCAAGGAUCAAGAAACCCUAUAAAGCUUUAUCAAAAUAAUAUAAAACCAUCCAACACAAAAUCCAGGAAAUUCGGACAUCAGACAUCCCCUCAUAUGUCUCCAGAUCGAUCUGGGAGGCUAGAAAAAGGAACAAGACAAAGCAAGCUGAGACUGGGAGAGCUAGAAGACGACUCAGAAGGCAGCGAUAGUGACAUAGAAAUAUCAAGGCCUCCAAGCAGGCAGAAUGAUAAAGCUUUUGAUCUUGAAGACAGAUUUUUCACUGUAUAUUUUAAGUAGAGGCUUAAUGGAUUUAUGCAUAAUCCUAAAGAGCAAGUUGAAAUCAGACCAAUGAGAAACACAAUAAGCAACCCAAGGCCUCCAUCAAGACAUAAAACGCCUCCAAAAGCGACUGGUCUUGAACUUCCCCCACAUCCUGAUGGAGAUUUCAUAAGUGUAGAAAACAUGUACGACUGCCAUUUCUCUUCAGAUUCUGAAGAAAAUGAGCCGUAUUCCAAUACACAAACAAUUUUCUCAGAAAAAAGUAAGCCAGCUUUAAAGGAUUCUUGAAAAAAGCUGGAAAUUCAAUGUGAAAAUAAACAGAAAACAAAAUCAAUCAGAGAUGAAAAUGACCCCACUAUGAAAAUGCAAAAUAAAGCAUGAACAGAAAUACCAGUUAAAAAAAGUAAUAAAGAAAUUCCUAUAAUUCUCAAUAAAAGAGAAAAGAGAUGGACACCAAUUUCGCCAAAAAGGGGAAAGUCCAGGGAUUAUGAAACAGAAGAAAAAGAGGAAGAAAAUAAAUUUGACAAAUCGCCGAAGAGGAAAGGAAAUAAAUUUAAAGAAAAAUCUGGAAGGGCUAUAAGCAGUGCUAAUAAGCAAAAGCAAAAGGAACCUUUGAUGUUUCUAAGCUCGUUAGGAGCUGAUUUCCUAGAUUUAUUUGCAAGAGAUAAUGAAUUUAUGUAA